AUGAGUGAUUCGAGUGACAAUGUCAAGUAUAAGUGGACACCUGACAGUACUUCCCUGUUGGUCUCAGUAUGGGCAGAUCGACAGGUGCAGAAGCAAUUGGAGUAUGCGACAAAACCGCAAUUGAUAUGGGAAAGUGUAGCGAGGUAUAUGCGCAAAAAAGGAUAUGAAGUUACGGCCAAGCAAUGCAGAUCGCGGAUGAAGCAAGUGUUGGUGUGCUACAAGGAGGCUAAAAAAAGUGGGACGAGAGCCGGAGUCGAGCGCUACUAUGAAUCGAUUGACAAAGUGUUAGAAAGCAAACGAAUUGAGAAGAAUAUAAUUAAUGAUAAUGGAGUAGAUACUGUUGAUUCUACUAAAGUUAUCAAGUCACCGCCGAAGGAGAUUAAAACUAAUGUUAAUAUACGUAUGCGACAGAAUAAAUUCGAUGAUCCAAUUAAUAAAAAUAUUGAAGUUAUUCCUGGAGAUUGGCAAUUUGAACAUGAUGAAUACGCAGAUUCAUCAGAGUCCAACGAAACAGUCCUAGCCCGUCCAGUAUAUCGCUGCUUUUCUCCAAUGAAAAACGCCGGAACAAGCACAAUCACCGACACGAUGCCUUUAAACAAAACCGCGCGACGUUCGUUACUAAUUCCCAGUGACGAAAGAAUAAGAUACGAAAACGGCGAGAGGUACUUUGAGAUCCCGACUAAAAACAGCGUUCAGAAUGUGCAAAAUCAGAUAAUCCAAGAGAAUAUGAUGCUAAAAACUCAGCUGCGUGACAACAUCCAGCAACAACAACCAGAGUACCGUCCUCUGAACAUAAAUCCUCGGCCACAGCCUCAGCAGAAUAUACUGUACCACCCCAAUCGUGUCUCAACAAAUAUGCAAAGAAUUCAAAGCCAGCUCCAGCAUUACUGCAUCGGAAACAACGGAGCGCGGCCUCAAGAGCCGCGCAAAAUAAUAAAUCCUGAUGAAGAACUAAUGAGAAAUGAAAUGCACCGGUAUUACUCGGGUACUGACGAGUACCCGGACAUGGAGCCGAAUUUAAAUCAAGGGUUUAUUAGUGUGAAGAAUAACAAAGCGCACAAUCUCAAUGAAACUUAUGAUCAAACAAUGUUUGGCCCUAAAGUUCCUUGGCAAGCAGAUACCACGACUAUUACCAACAACGCUACGUUUAAUGAUGACACACUGUCUAUUGAAUUUCUCCAGGACUCGCCAAGCCCUUCAGAAAAUGAAGGAGUAGAAGUAAAUGGAAAAAGUAAUUCGUAUGACAAUCGUACAAUCCCAAAUGCUCCAGUGAGGACUAAAAAAAUCCAAAAGCUGGAACAGUUGAUGCUAAAUGCCAUAUCAUCGCAGACAGAAGUGGUGAAUAAAAUCCUCGCUGCUCAAGAUAUCAUGGUCUCUCGAAUUUUAGACUUUGAUAAGGACCGCCAAAGUCGCCUGGAAGAUCGUUUGAACCAGCUGAUGACUGUGGUCCAAGCAACAGUCGCUAAAAAGGAAACUGAGCCGGAAGAAGUCCAGCAGAUAAAUUUCCCAACUUGUUUUUCACCUCCGCCAAAACCUGGAGCUGUACCGCCAAAGCUGGACCUGGUACCACCCAAGCCAUGCCGUGUGCCUUGUACAAGUCCAGGAAAUGUCGAAUUGAUAAAUCAAAAUCCUGUGCAAACUCGUCCCGGAGUUAUUGGACCCACUAAGCCGGGUACUAUUUGGACUAAGCUUGGGCCAGUGUCUCAAUCUCCGUUCGUGAGAGCCCAGCAGCAAAUUUCAGCGGUGACCAAAGCUGCUGAACACUGGAGGACUCAGUCGUCUGCUGAGCGACGCAUCGCUCAAGCUUGCAGUUCGGUUAAUAAUAUUAAGAGCUUGAUUACUGAGACUAUCAAGUUUGUCAAUAAUGAGAAGCUGAUAGAGGAGAGGAUAGAGAAUGCCAGGCGCACUUUGAAUCCUGAGAAAGAUCAAACAGCUCGUCGUAAAUUGUUUGAAGCUCCGGAGGAGAAAAAAGAGCCUGGGAGGAAAGAACCUUGCGCUGCGAUAGUUCUGACUUCUGCUUUUUUGGAUAUUGAGCGACAAGCUGAAGAAAAGUCCCGUUAUGUUGCGUCAAGAUAUGGAGAAGAAGAGUCCAAUUCUAGUGAUGAUUUGCUGACUGGUCAGGGAGAAAGUUACGAUCGCUUGAGGCGGUUAAGCAUUCGAAGGAAGCCUAAGAGUGUUCAAGGUAAUAUUCUUGGAGAUAAGCUGGACACUUCAACGCCGGCUAAGACGGCUCGGGAUAAUUGUAAUAAUAAUAAUAAUAAUAAUAAUAAUUACGACGAUGAACCGCGACAGACUAUCCAACAGCUGGCUGAUUUGGUAAUGAAGAGCGCGAGGUUCAGGAAUGUCGAGCCUAUUAAUCCGGGUAAUCAACAAAAACUAUCUGUUCACUUCCCGCAGCGACAGGAUCUGCCGACUAGACCUACACGUGAAAAGGAUAGAGAGACACAGCGACAGAGCUGUAAUAAAGCAUAUGAUUGGCUGACUGAUAGAUACUCUUACGGAGAUAAACAAUCAAUUGGACAGUUCAAUGAACCAAUUUAUAAUGCACACCCGAUUGGUUUCACUGCAGCCAAUUUGAAUAUCAACGAUGAAAAUAUCGUCAGGCCGACGUUCGAUCGGCAAGUUGGAUUCCGACAGGACAUGCUGAAGAAAUAUCAAGAGUUAAAUGACAUUCAGAAUAUUAGAGAGAUGAAAAAUCGCGAGCUGAUAGAUAUAUACGCUCCGGACUCUAAACCUCGGCGUCGAGGUUCUGGUGAUGACGACGAUGAAGAAUUCCUUGACACUACGACUACUUUGCAGCCCUACAGGAAGACGUCAUCAUUAACUUCUUCCGGCACUGAGCAUUCCGCUAAAGCAGGAACUAACUGUUUCACAUGUCACAACAGUCAGAUAGUGACUGUAAGGUUGCUGUUUAAAUUAUAUCUUUAA